GUGGACCCAUGCACUUCCCAUGGCAGGGUACUGCCCUAAGCAUUACACACAUUGUUUCCGCCUCACCCACACACUGCAGUAGGUCAUCAUCAACGCUUUUUAUAUAUGAGACCAUUUUAGAGAUGGUAGGCAGCUGUUCAGGCUGCACGAGGCCUGAGUGCUGGAGUCGGGCACUCAGGUGAGAACCCAGUGCCAGCCUCUGAGAAGUAGGUGGGUGAGAGCCACUUUCCAGAUGAGGAAAUGAGAUGCAGAGAGGAGCUGGGUGGGGGUCAGUGAAUGGCCGUGUGUGGCUGGGAAGCUGGGUGAGCUUGCCCUCUACGCAGUGCUCCGAGCGAGCAGGAGGCCUGGGGCGUGUGCAGAGCGAGGGGCCCCAUGAAUAAUUGAGAGUCCUGGGCAGGCUGGCCAUCCUGCAGCUGUCGCAGCGCCGCGGGCAAGGGGGCGGUGGCCACGUCACUUCCUCCCCUGCGGGGCCACCAGGCAGAUUAUAAGGUGCUGGCAGCAGCUGCAGAGCUGAGGACCCAGGUCCAGACCACCAGCCAUGGUGCGCUGCUUGCCGGUUCCCGCGCUCUUGCUGCUGUUGGGGGCCGUCACCGCGGCUCCCCUGGUGCCCAGCCCCGACAAGGAGGAGCUGACCCGCUGUCUGGCAGAGGUGGUCACUGAGGUGCUGACCGUGGGCCAGGCCCAGAAAGGACCCUGCACGGCUCUCCUCCACAAUGAGAUAUGCAAGACGGAGCCCUACGGCUGCACGCCCCCUGGGGAGAAGGGAGGGCUGCUCCGGGACUCCAAGAAGCAGGAGGCUGGGAAAACAAGGCCCAGCCAGGAGGUGAGGGACCAGGAAGAGGAGGCAGCAGAGCGCACCCACAAGGCCGAGGGGCGAGAACAGGCCGUCCUCGAGCAGCUCCACAGCCGGCUCCGCCAGGAGGAGGAGAAAGAGGACGAGGAGGAAGAAAAGAAGGGGCCCAUGGAGACCUUCGAGGACCUGUGGAAGAGCUGGCUAGAGGGUGGAGGGGGCCCCCAGAAGCGGGUGGCAGAGAAGGCCAGUGAUGAGGAGACAUCCCGGUUUGAGGAGGAGAAGGAUGUGCAAGAGCUGGGUGGGGGCCGCAGCCUGUGGCAGGGGACAGAGAAGGUCGCAGGAGAGAGACACACGGACGCACCACACCGUCACCAGCAGCAGCAGCAGCAGCCAGGCGCCGAGGCCAAGCAGGAGGAGGAGGAGGCGGCUUCAGAGCGGGAGAGUCACGGGGAAGGCCACCAUUACAAGAGUACAGCCACCAGGAAGGCCACCAUGACCGCCUGGAAGCAUCCGAGUUGGCCACCCCUGCCAGUCCAUAACCAGCAAGUUGGCCACCAGGAGAACCUGCCACGGCUGCCGCGGCGGGCUCACCAGGCUAGACUGGUACCACUGCUGGGCCACGGAAAGUAAGCUGUCACCGGGAUUGGUGGCACUAACUGAAGUGGCCAUCACAUCACAAAUGGAUCACCCAAGUUGGGCACCUUUGGCAGUCCCUAGAGCACUGCAUGAAGACCUCAGACUUGCAGGCUGGCAAACCCAUCCCAUGCCACGAGGACUAGGAGGACUGCUAGGUGCUGCCACUGUGAGAAGUGCUGGGGGACCCCUGGGGCGGCCUGCCUUCACAGGUAGACACUGAUCACUGUCUCUGACCCCACCAGGAACACGACAUGGAGCGGCUGGAGCGUGUGAGUGACGAGCUGAAGAAGGCCACCGUGAUGCUGGGGGAGGCGCUCUGGAGGGA